UCUUUGCCUUUUCUUGCCUUGUACCCUGAUGGCUAUUAGGAGAGUUGAUCUUUGAGGAAUGUUUUUGUGCUGGGGAAAUGGAAGGAAAAUUAGCACCUGCUUGGACUUCUGUAAAAUGUUUUGCUUAGGAGACUAGAAUCGUACACAUUAAGGGAUACACUAGCUCCCCUAUAUCUGUCGAUAGGGUAUGUUACAAGACCCCCUAGUGGAUGCCUGAAACCAUGGAUAGUACCAGACCCAUAUAUCCUGUUUUUUCCUAUACAUACCCUCCUAUGCUAAUGUUUAAUUUAUAAAUUAGGCACAGUGAGAGAUUAACAACAAUAGCUAAUAGUAAAGCAGAAUGAUUAUCACAGUAUAUAAUAGCUAAUAAUAGAAUGAUUAUCACAAUAUAUUAGUAGUAGAAGUCAUGUGAACGUAGUUUCUCUCUCAGAAUUUCUUACUGUCCUGUGCUCCCCCUUCUUGGAUGUGAGGCGAUGAAAUGCCUACAUGAUGAGAUGCAGUGAGGUGAAAGACAUAGGCAUUGGACACAGCUUCAGGCUGCUGUUGACCUUCUGAGCACAUCUCAGAAGAGAAGCAGGGUCGUCUGCUUCUGGACAGUAGUUGACCAUGGGUAACUAAAACCACAUAAAGUGAAACCGAGGAUAAGCAGGAGCCACUGUAUUCUCACUUUGUGUGUCCAUAGUAUAAACCUGAGACCUUGUCAAAGUGGGAAAGAUGGCGUUUUGUGCAUGUAGUGGUGUGCUCAUCACAUCUGACAGGACCAGCCUUGGGCCAGGAGAGCUGGGUGCUGGUCCUCCAUCUGCCAGUGCUCUACAGUCAUGGAACAAGACUGCCAAUGGAGACUGCCGGAAAGACCCCCGGGAGCGGAGCCGCAGCCCCAUUGAGCGCGCCGUGGCCCCGACCAUGGGCCUGCACAGCAGCCACCUGUAUGCGUCCCUCCCCAGCCUCAGCAUGGAGCAGCCCCUCGCUCUGACCAAGAAUAGCCUGGAUGCCAGCAGGCCGGUGGGCAUCUCGCCCACGCUGACUCCGGUGGAGCGGCAGCAGAACCGGCCUUCAGUGAUCACAUGCGCCUCGGCCAGUGCCCGCAACUGCAACCUCUCCCACUGCCCCAUCGUGCACAGCGGCUGCACCGUGGCCGGGCCGGCCAGCUACCGCAGGGCCCCAAGCUCCACCACCUGUGACCCUGUGGUGGAGGAGCACUUCCGCAGGAGCCUGGGCAAGAACUACAAGGAGCCGGAGCCGGCGCCCAACUCAGUGUCCAUCACGGGCUCCGUGGACGACCACUUCGCCAAAGCCCUGGGUGACACGUGGCUUCAGAUCAAGGCAGCCAAGGACGGCGCGUCCAACAGCCCCGAGUCGGCCUCACGCAGGGGCCAGCCUGCCAGCCCCUCCACGCACAUGGUCAGCCACAGUCACUCCCCCUCUGUGGUCUCGUGAAGGGGGCGCCACCCUGGAGCACGACGUCCAUCUGCAUGGUUUGCCUGAGCUUUGAACAGUCAGUACUUAAAAAAUGAGAAAAAAACACAAAAAAAUAAAAUGGGGGGGUUUGUGGGGGAGGAUGGUUUAUUUGCAAAAACCAUGUCACUGGGAUUUUCAUUCUGGUUUUGUACGUGCUUGGUGUCCGUCCCCAGGGCCCCUCAAGCAUGAUUGUAGAAAUUGCGUGCGGAACAUUGUCUAACGAAGCGCCCGACCUUCCUGCCUCGGGUACCAAAGAAACCUCUGGCGCAGGGCUGCUGCCCUGGCGGGCUGGGCCGCCGGCAACCCAGACGCUGUGUGCUUCCUGAGACCUGGGUGUGUGUGGCUUUGCUUCCAGUGCGUGUCUGUGUGUGCGUCUACUUGAAGAGAACAGAGGACUAUUGUGUCUGAUUUGCACUAUUGGAGGACAAAAGUUGCCCGCCUGACAACUUUUUGUGAGAUGCUAGUACGCUGAGGGCAAACUGCUGAGGAAACAGAGGGUUUAAGGAUGACAUUUCUGUAUGGGUUUUUUUGUUUUAAUUUUGACAAAACAGCUGUGGAAGGGGAAGUCUCAUCCCGGCUACAGGUCUUUAUCUAGAUUUCAGGUGCUUGCAACUGGGCUGCAGCCUCCCCCAGGCCUGGGCGUUUUCCCCAGCAGUGCGGUCAGCUGGGCCGGAGCUGAGGUGGGAGGGUCCGUAGUGCUCGCCUUGUGGUGCAUGUGCUAGUGGAGAAAAUAGCUGGUUUCUAUUAAUUGUAUAGACAGUAUUUACUAGCUUCUGUUCAGAAUUCGUUUAUUUUUGUUAGUUACAGUCCUAGAUCUCUUACUGCUGGUCCAGUUGUCCCCUAAGGUUUGUACUCGAAAUUCAUGCUGUUCCCGAGCAGUGCCAGGCUGGCCGGGAUGGCGCACACCAGGGUUUUUGCCGCAGGUCGACCUCACCGUUUGUUUUCUGCACCCCUGUCCCGCUCCUUAGUGCCUCCCAGGGGAGUUGGGAUUCGUGUCUUCCACUUUCCCUCCCUGCAGAAACCGCACCCUUGAACUCUUGGCUGAACAGCAGACUCCUGACAAUCUCUGUAGGUUAUUUUGUAUGCUUCCUCGUAUGCUGGGCCAAGGCCGUAUACAUUCCUCGGACGUUCUGCCGGCAGUGCUGCAUUGCUAUCAUCGUGUGCUAUGUAGUAACAGCUACUAACUAGACCUUAGGUUGACGCCAGCGUGACAGACGCCACUGUGGGUGUCCAGCUGCUCCUCGGCUUGGUGAUCGCCCGUCUCCGCCCCCACCCCUGCGGGCUGCCUGCACUGCAGUCCUGCCUUGCCUCCCAGAAGGUGUAGGAAGUCACCUGGCCAGGUGACAGGGCCUGACUGCCGCACCUGCAGGGCAGUGUGGAUUCAGGGGAGUCCUCAAGGCUGGUUUUCAGGAGAAUUCGGUUUAGCUGGUUGAUUGUGAAAUUGGCAGGGGGUGGGUGACAAGGUCUGAGGAUCGCUCUUGCAGUCACAGGGUGGCUGCAGGUCUUUUAAAAGGCAAAAAGAAAAGCCCUUCUCUUGCCCUGCACGCGUUUCACUCCCACUUAACCGGGCUUCCAGGCUUUCACAUUCAGGCCCCCUAUAUUUUCUGUAGGAAAGAUCGUUGAGAACACUUUUUUUAUAUAGGUAACUUUAAGACCAUCAUUACGCUGUGCGUAAAGAAUGUACAGAGAAAUUUGUAGGUAUUUUUUGAAGAACAAUUAAUUUGUUAAUGAUAUGUAGCUAUUUAAUUUUUCCCUUUCCUAUUGUAAUCAUUCAUUUUUUUUUGUUUGGAAAAAAAGUUGAUCUUUUUUUGUCGUAGAUUUGUGUGUAAAAAAGUGCAGGAACACAGUUAGUCUAUGAGAACACUGCAUCUGCCUUAACAGCCACCAGUUUGUUACCGCUACAGGCUACUGAGCAUCGCCACAGAAGGCCAGCCCGCUGACGGAGGGCUCUGGAGUGCCGGCUCCCCCAGACGGCCGGCAGCCCCAAGGGCGUCACGCUGGGGGGGCCGGGGCCUCCCUAUCUGGGAUAGGCAGGACCCUUCAGGGGCCUCGGGCGGAGUCCAGCACGGCUCUUCCCAGAGCCCCACCACCCGCAGUGCGUUUGACCAUUCUCUCCAUGUUUGUAAAUCUGUAAUAUACCAUUCUCUGUGGCCUGUUUUUCCUGGAAGAAGAAAAAAAAGGUUUGGCAGGCCAUCUUUUUUUUGUACUUAAAAGUAGCCUUAAGAACAAUAAUAAAGUGCUCUUAAACCACA